ACAUUUUAUAUUCUGCUUCUUUAUAUCUCAACCAUGGCAAUCGAAGCCAAGACCUCUAAUACUCUCUUGUAUAAUACUAAUUAGCAUCUUAUUAAGCUAUACGACUUUUAGACUAAUUACCGAGGUAGAAAAGCAAGGGCAUGGAUCAGUUCGAAAGUCUUUGCCGACCUCUCCGCGAUCCUAUAAUUCACUUUGGAACCUAAGUAUGAACGGCUAUUUAUAAAAUAGAGAUGGAUGAUGCAGACCUCGGUAAUAACAUCGACGAACAAGCACAGGUCGUCGAUGGCGUUCAUCACGAAAAGGUCGCCCAACAUGGCGCCAUGGACGAUCAGAUAUAUCUUGAUCCCAGUCGUUGGUGGUUUGCUUCGGCCGCGUUCCCCAUGAUAGCUGGUACGCUUGGUCCGGUAGCUUCAGCUUUCAGUAUAUGCGCUCUUGUGAGAAAUUGGAGACAGCAUAUUCUACCAGGAUCCGAUGUCACCAAAGCAGUAUAUGUUGAAGAUCCACCAUGGCUAUUGGCUGUGAACGCCGUCCAGCUAGUAAUCGCUUUGGUCGCCAACGUGUUCCUCUUACUGAACAUGACCAAGAGAGUGCGAUUCUCUAUCGCCCAGCCCAUUACCAUAGCUGGCUGGUAUAUAUCAGCAAUCUGUCUCGUCGCUCUGUGCGCUACCGCAACCGGACCGCUAGAAAUCCAACCUGAGAUUGAAUACGUCUGGUCUCAAGCCUUCUAUUACGGCAUGUACGCAGCUAUCAUCUAUUUUAUAGUCGCCUCUCUCAUGGUUAUCACUGUCUGGGGCGCAGAGAACGGCCACUAUAGUAAGGAUUUUGAUUUGACGACUAGCCAGAGGACACUUAUGCUUCAGACUAUCCUCUUUCUAAUGUACCUUCUUGUCGGCGCUUUGAUCUUCUCCACGAUCGAGGGUUGGAAUUAUCUCGAUUCCGUAUAUUGGGCCGACGUCACGCUUUUCACCGUAGGGUUUGGCGAAAUAUCUCCUCAGACAAGACUUGGCCGCGGCCUUCUCGUUCCGUAUGCUCUGAUCGGUGUGAUCAGCCUUGGUCUCGUGAUUGGGUCUAUUCGAAGUAUGAUCCUUGAUCGCGGCAAACACAGACUCGACGCACGAAUGUUAGAACGGCAGCGACGUCUAUCGAUUCGGCGCAUGUUAAAGAAGGGAAACGCCGGUAUGCUCAAUCCAGUGGACGGUGAGGGCUUAGAUGCGUCUUCAAGAGCUCAUUGGACCGAAUUCGAACGUCGACAGAAAGAAUUCCAAUUAAUGCGAAAGAUUCAACGGCAAGCUUCAAAACGAGAGCGCUGGACUGCAAUGGCAGUGUCUUCAACUACCUGGAUAUUGCUUUGGCUUGUAGGUGCUAAAAUCUUCCAAGAAUGUGAGGCCCCUUAUCAAGGAUGGUCUUAUUUCGAUGGCUUCUACUUUGCCUUCACGGCCUUGACGACGAUUGGAUAUGGUGAUCUCACCCCAGUGUCAAAUUCAGCCAAGACUUUCUUCGUCUUUUGGUCUCUGCUUGCCCUACCUACGAUGACCGUUCUUAUAUCGAAUGCAGGGGACACUAUCGUGAAAGGUGUAAAAGAUGGCACCCUUAUACUCGGAAAUAUCACGAUUUUGCCAGGAGAGCAUGGCUUUAAGAAGGAAAUGAAACAAGUGUUAAAGAAACUAUCGUGCGGGGUUUUGUUCAUGGACACCGAUAUCGAAGAAACCGCUCCCGGAUUCCUCGGAGCGGCCAACGAGCACACAGAUCAUGAUGAGGAUGAAGACGAUGACGUAGGUGGCGAGGAAGAUGACGAUGACGAUGAGGAAGAGAACGAUCGUGGGCGUUCUUCCGAUACGACCGAAGUAAAUAACGCAGAAAGUACUCGUAUAGCCGACAAGGACGCCGAGAAAGGAGAAGCAGAACCAGGACCAACAUCGGUACCUACGAUCCGUUUCGCGGACGAAGAAUCACCACCAAAACCAUCACCUACUGGAAACGAAUCACGAUCAAGAUCGAUAUCCCACAGCCGAGCCCCCUCGAUAGCUAGAGAGAGCCUACCGACCGAGCUCCCCAAAACCCGCGCCGAGUACCACCUCGUCCUGAUCGACGAAAUCUCGCGCGUGACUAAGCACCUCCGGCACUCGCCGCCGCGCGAGUACACUUUUAAGGAGUGGGCGUGGUAUCUAAGACUCAUAGGCGAAGACGAAGGCAACGCCGAAAACCACCGGCGGCCCGAGCGACGACCGCCUCACCCGCACGGUCAACACUCGCACUCCCACCUCCACCCACACCCCCACGUUCACCCUCACCUGCACCCCCGCGUCCGUCUCCACAGAGACAUCAACCAGUCCUCCGAGAACAACAGCAGCAGCAGCGACGAGCAAGGGAACAGCGGUUCCGGCGCGGAAGACAAGCCGCCUAAGUGGAGCUGGGUCGGACACCGCAGUCCGCUGAUGGACACCCGCGAGGAGGCGGAGUGGAUCCUGGAUAAGCUGGAGCAGAAGCUCAGGGAGGAGCUGCAGACUCUGGUGAAAGAGGAGGCGGGCCAGGACGCGUUAAGAGGGGUUGAGGAGGAGGAGCGGCAGAACGAGGAGAAGGUCCCGGGGCCGUUUCUGGGAUCGCAUUUGCGUGAGGGUGAUUAGGACUGGUGUGUAGAGUAGGUAGGUAGGUAGGUAGGUAAUUAAAUAUGCGAUACCCCUAGUAAUAUACUAGUCCUAAGUCCUAAGUGUUAGUCUACGUCGGUGACAUAGCAC